UCAAAUGUCUUCACCUUGAGUUAACCACAGACCUUAUUUCAGGAUAACAACCAAAACCAAUUCAGAAACGUUGAGACUGCAAAGAUUCAAAGGUUUUAUUGUCAUAUGCACAGAGCCACAGUGUAGGCAAUGAACAUUUUAAGCCCCAGGCUCCUCCAACAAUGCAACAUAAAUCUAUAUAACACACAUAACAAUUAACAAGGUUUUUUUAAAACUAUUAAAAAAGUGCAAGAAAUAACAGAGUAUAAAUAAAAAAUUGCAAUAUUAUGUUGCAAGACCAAUGUUCAAGUAACUGGAUGUGGUCAAAUGUUGACUGCACCACUCUGUUUUCAGCUUUGUUUCUGUUGUCCCGAGUAAAUAACCCUAUUUGGACUCUCUACCUCAGUAUAAGGAGGAAGAGGAUGAUGAUGAUGAUGAUGAUGAUGAAGAUGAUGAGGCUGGUGAGAGCGGGAUGAGAGGAGGAGAGGAAGGCAGUGAGAGCAGGGAGGCAGAGGAGGAGGAGGAAGGAGAGCCGUCAGUGUGUGGAGCGUCUUCAGACUCGCAGCAGCCGUCCCACAGCAAUGAAGGCAGCAGCAGCCGCACCAUUCGAGUCCGAGCCCCCCCGAGAGCUUGUACACUUCCCCCCAACCUCCUCUACACCCUCCCCCUCCUCCCUCACCCCCCGCCUGCCACACCCACGCAGGCCCCCUCACCCCCUCCCACCAAGACUCUAUAUCCAACCCCCGGUUCAAGAGCUGGGACCCCCACACACACAGAGACAGUCCUCUCAGCUGCGCAGACCCUCAGUGGGACGCGGACCUCAGCUCACCCCGGGAAUAGGCAGCAUGCAACAUUUCUUUGAUGAUGACGACAGGAUGGUUCCCAGUACUCCCACCCUGUUGGUCCCACACCGCACCGAUGGCUUUGCUGAGGCCAUACAGUAAGAUCUGACGCAGAGGAACACAACAUGUUGGAUGUUAUUAAAUAUCUAGAGUGUCAGUGAAUAACCUGCUGGGCUUCAUUCUGUGUGAUUGUAGUGGGAGAGGAUAUCAGGUCAGUCAGGUG